AUGGAAAACCACAACAAACUCAAAAUGCGAAUCUCUCGCAUGUUCCGGUCCUCAUUCGGUUCGUGUAGAACCCGUAACAUAACAGAUGUAAUGGAAAAAGCGGUGUUUGCACCACCCAACCAUGGUGGCUUCCACCUGAUCGAACCACCCUCUCCAAAAACUCGACCCUUUCCCCCCAUUUGUAGGCCCAAAGGGCCCAAAACCGUCGACGACACUUGCAUCGUGUCGUUUAAGGAUUCUCUCCCCAGACGUAAAAUCUCCGAGUGGUCCUCACCCUUUGUCUGGGGUACCAACGGCAACGUUAACCUCGGUGGCAUGUCGUGUCCCCCCACUUCACCAAACACCUCGCUCAACCCAAUCCACCAUCACGAUUUCGCUUUCCACGAUAAAACAAAGGGUUCAAGAAAAAACGUGAAGACCAAGAAGAAAAAGAAGAAGAAGAAAACGAGGCAUGCGCAGAAGAAAAGGGAGAUUUUCCCUUUUAAUUCUUGCGCUAAAGACACCAACUUUGGUGGUUAUUGGUGGUAUAGCAGCGACGAAGAAGAUGAAACGGACACCCUUUUCUCAUCCAAGAGCCUCUCUUCUGAUUCCUCAAGGUCUCGCCGCCGGCGCCGGGAAAAUGACCGGAGCUCGGACAUGGGUGUUCUUCCGUUGCACGGGAAGGUGAAGGACACGUUCGCUGUGGUAAAGCGCUCGAGUGAUCCUUACAAUGACUUUAGGACGUCGAUGGUGGAGAUGAUCGUUGAGAAACAGAUAUUUUCGCCGGGGGAUUUGGAGAAUCUGUUGCAGUGUUUUCUGUCUCUGAAUUCGUAUCAUCAUCAUAAGAUCAUUGUUCAAGUCUUCACCGAGAUUUGGGAAGCUCUGUUCUCCGACUGGUUUUGA